AUGACGGACCUUAGGUCCGACCUUUGUUGCUUUACAUUUGGGGAUGUUGAUCUUGUACCUACUUUGGAAGAGUAUACGACUUUAUUGCAUUGCUCGAAGAUUCAGGGUCACAAGGCUUAUGUCAGGCCUGCUAGCAUUCCAACUUUUACGAAGAAGUUGGUAAUGAUUACUGGGAUGAGUGAGCAGUGGGCUGUAGCUCGUGUGCAGCAAAAGGGUGAUAGUAAAUGCAUUCCAUGGGCCAUUUUAAGGGAUUUGAUAUCGACACAUCCAGACGUGAAGAAAAAGGUCGACGUCCUAGCUUUGAGUAUUUACGGCAUGGUGAUUUUUCCAAAGGCGUUGGGGUAUAUAGAUGAGGCGGUUGCGAAUUUAUUCGAUCGACUUGGUAAACAGAACACACCUGUGUCCGCGAUCCUAGCUGAGACGAUAAGAUCCUUGAAUGCAUGUCAAAGAACCGGUGAAGGAAGGUUCAUUGGAUGUGCACAGUUACUGUUGGUCUGGUUUCAUAGCCACUUCUGGAAGCUUGAUAAGGAUCCUUGUCGAGUAUUCUUUGAGGGUUAUUCUCCCUUAAAGGAAUUUGUAGACAUGCCUAGAAGAGAUGACAUUUCAGAGGAGAGUUUCGAUUGGGUCCCUUUGCAAGGAAUUUGGGGAGUUGUUGGAUAUACACCAUUGCUUGUUCUAAGGCAGUAUCAAGCAAGGCAGUUUAUACCGGCUACACAGGGUUUAGCUCAGAGCGAUUUCUCUUAUAAAGGUGAUCACUAUAAGAAGAAGAUGCGGGAGAUUUCUGAGGCUUGGAAGAAGUCUUUCUGUAUAAAGAUCUUGACUGAAGGCUCGACGUCAACUCCUGAGUAUAAAGGGUGGUUUAGUAAGAGAUUCAACGAUAAUAUCCCUAUUCCGAUUUUGGGAGAGGCUCUAUCAUUAGAGGAGAACUUGCGAGUGAUCCCGUCGGAGUUGGAGGUUAUGAAGCAAGAGUUUGAAAGGAAGAAUUCAGAGAGCUAG